AUGGCUGCCUCACAGGAACCCAGCGAGCCUGGGAAGGGGAAGCCUUUUAAACUCCUAGGAAUUUUAGAUGUUGAAAACACCCCCUGUGCACGGGAUUCAUUAUUAUAUGGUUCACUGGAAUCUGUUGUGACCGGCCUUGGACACUUUUUGUUAACUAGUAGAAUUAAAAGAUCAUGUGAUAUUGGUUUAGGAGGAUUCAUCUUGGUUACUUUAGGAUGCUGGUUCCACUGUAGAUAUAAUUAUGCAAAACGAAGAAUUCAGCAAAGAAUCGCCAGAGAAGGAAUUAAAAACAAGACUUUAUAUGAGAGUACCCACCUUGAUCCUGAAAGAAAACCAAACAAUGAUGAAUGUUGGACACAGAAAUAUAUAUGA